UCAAUAAAUGGCAUUUGCUUCCUCUGCUCUCUCGAGUCUAGACAACUGGGAAGCAGCGGAACACCGGAGAGUUCCAGAAACGAAGCUGCGAAUCUUGGCCUUUUUGCACGGACCUCUCGAUCUAUUUUGUCUUCUCUUUUUCUAUCUCUUAGGGUUUCUAUGAAUUGAUCUUUUCAUGGGCAUUUAGUAGUACAAUUAUCCUAAAUUUCCUAAUUCUGGUCUCCUUUUUUCUUCGGCUUAUUUGAAGACUGGAGAUUGAAUUGUGCAGCAAUCGUAGAAAAUAAUGAUUUAUGCGGCUUCGAUUCCUCUAGGCAUCGAUGUGAGUAACAACAAUCCACAGAAGUCUCAAGGCUCUGCUAAUUUUCAAGCUCAGUUUCAGUUCACACAGGCUCACGCCAUGGCCCGUGCUCAAGCACAGUCUAAGGUUCAAGCACAAUUGCAAGCUCAGAUACAAGCUGGCAUGGCGAUGAACCAAACCCAAGUUUUCCAGCAGAUGCGACCUCCAGAAGCUCCCGGAGAAGUCGUUGCAGCAAUCUUGCCCGAGUCUGCCUUAUACACGCAACUUCUGGAGUUCGAGUCUUGGGUGGAUGCUGCAUUGACUAGGAAGAAAGUCGACAUUCAGGAAGCUCUUAAAAACCCUCCCUGCAUACAGAAGACGCUUAGGAUCUUUGUUUUCAACACGUUUGCUAACCAAAACAGCACCAUUCCUGGGAAUCCAAACGCUGACCCGCCAACAUGGACUCUGAAGAUCAUUGGUAGGAUCCGGACCAGCCAGGGUUUAUUCAGAAAUCAAACCCAUUGGGUCGAAGAUGCAGUAAUACGGUACUUGAACCGGAGGCCAGCAGCUGGGAACGAGGGGCCAGGGAGCUGGGCGAGCGGCAACUCUACGCCUCUCUCAAACUUGCGUGCGUCUUUGAUCAGCCUCACACCUCGCGAACACAAACGCUGUCCAGUUUAG